AUGUUUAGAAAAUUAUUUUGUGGGUUUUGCAAUCAAGUUUAAAAAAUUAGCUCUUUUAAUUAAUUGAAAAAUAUCAUGAAUCCCCCAACAACUGAAAACUAUUAAAGAUUAUAAAAAACAGUUUAAUAGUUGAUCCAAUCGAAUCCAAUAAAUUGGAAAUUCGUACAUCGUCUUCAAUUAUUGAAAUCAUAAUUUGGUUUAGAAUUAAAUAUGCCAUACUUACUUUCUAAACUUAAAGAUUAACCAAUAGAUUCUGAAAAACAAUCUUUUGUAGUAGAAAUUAUGUAAUAAAAUUUUAUGGUUGAUAAAGAAUUAUUUAAGGAAUUAUUUUAAUAAUUGUUAAAAAUGGAUGAUUUAUUUUACUCAACAUAAUUAAAAAUGUUGGAUAUUUACUUCAAAUAUCCAGAAUUGUUAGAUUAAGAUAAAAUAUUGCCAAAUUUACUUAAAAGUUUGAUUACCUUUAAUGAUUUAGAACUUUAUGAAAUAGUUCAGUCAUUUUAAGUUCUAGCUUAUAAGGAUACCAAAUUAACUGAAUAGAAUUAAGAAUUGCUAGCAAAUUUAAAAAAUAUGUUAAAUAAUUAAUUAGUAAAAAUCUUUCCAGCUCUAGGAUAAAAACAUUUUAGAUAAUUAAUUGUUUUUUUAAGAAGUAAUGAAUAUCAUAACGAAAAAUUAAAGGCAGCUAUUUUCUAAUACUUUUCUGAUAAUAAAGAUAUUUUGGGAUAAUCUUCAUAUGCAGAAUUGAUGAGUCUGUGCAAUCUAAAGUUCUUUUAUAAUGAAGACAUCAAAUAUUAAAUCUUAAUUUAACUCAACUUUCUAAAAGUGAAAGGAUUAAAUGAGUCAAAAUUAAUUAAUAAAUCAAUUUUACCAUCUGUAAUGAUUUAUUAAUAUUUUUAGAUGUCAUAGGCAGAAUAAGAAAUGAUGGCAAAUCUAAUAACUUUGUCAGGUAUAAAUUUAGAUAAGGAGUUUAUAAAUACAUAUUUUACAGGGAGCAAUUCUUAAAAAAGAGAAAAACUUGAAUAGAUGAAUCUUAAAGAAAAUCAAAUCAUAUAAAUUGUGGAGGAAUUGGUUAAAUAUAUCAAUUAAUAAUUCCCAUAGUUUUUAAAGUAAAUAAAUUACUUAAAAUUAUUAGUGUUAUGAAAAUAGUUUAAACUUUUGGUUUAUAACUUCCUGAAUUGCUUUAACCUUUAGUUGAGGAAUUGAAAAAGAUUUUAUCCAAAUAAGUUGUUAAUUCAGCAGAUUUAAUAACAAUUUUAAAUUAUUUUGAUGAAUCUGAUAUACUCUUUGAUUAAGAAGAUUCUAUGGGAAUGUAAGAUUUUAACAAUUAUCUAAAAUAAGAAUAAUUUACUUAUGGAAAAAUUCAUUAUUUACUAAGAUAAUUUGCUUUUAAAAAAAACUAAGAUCUCUUAUUUUAGAUAUUAAAUAAAAGUUAUUAAAGUGGAUGGACAUUAGAUUUAUGUUCUAAAUAAGUAUAAAUCUAUAAGUACUAUAACAUACCAUUACCCCCAAUGUUUUUAGAUAAAUUUUAAUAAGUAAUAAAUGAAUAUAUCCUUAAAAGAAGGAGUCCUUUUGAUUAAAUUUUGUUUUAUAGAUGUAUAGAAAUGGCUGAUUGGAGUUAAAAUCUGAGAUCAGAACAAAGUGAUUAUUUUAAUGAAUCACAAAACAUAGCUUAAAAAAUGAGAAGAGAGAAAACUAAAAACUUAGAUUAAUCAUCUUUUCUUGAAUAAGAAAUUAAGAAUGAUCUUAUGUAAUAUAUGCCAAAAACACUCAAAUUACAAGCUAAUUAAUAUAUUAAAGCUUUAGAAGUCGAUUUUGUUAUUACUAAUUAAAAAGGAGAUUAAUUAUUUGUUUAAAUUCUUGGUCAGACUCAUUUUUAUUAUAAAUCAACCAUCUUAAAUUAUAAAACUUUAUUAGAACAAUUAUAUUUGGAAAGACUUGGUACUUGUAAAUCGAUUAAUUAUUAUUAAACAGAUUAAUGGAAACAAGAUAAAUAGAAAUCAGUGGAUAAAUUGAUAAGCAGCCUAAUUUGAAUAUAUAUAUGAAAUAUCAAGAAUAAUGAGGCGAG